UCUAGACGAAUACCAAGUGUUUCUGCACUCCUGCUGAACUCUGAGUCUGGAGCCUCGGGCUGAUUUACUGGCCGCUCCGGGGUUUAAUGUGUUAGAGAAAAGGCUCGGGUUUAUCACUGCGGACGGACAGACAGACAGACAGAGGGACAGAGAGGGGGACAAAGAGACAGAGACAGCAGAGAGACAUGGGCUUAAGGAAGAAGAACAAAAGUCCUCCGAUCCUGAGCCAUGAGUUUGUGAUCCAGAAUCACGCAGAUAUGAUUUCCUGUGUGGCCAUGAUCAUCCUGCUGGGGCUCAUGUUCGAGGUUACGGCCAAGUUCGCCAUCAUGUUCAUCACGGUGCAGUACAACGUCACGCAGACCUCCGCUACAGAGGAGAAGGUGGAGCAGGUGAACCUGUACCAGUCCGGCCCCAGAGACGUGGCCACCGUCUUCUUCUACCUGCUGAUCGCCAUCAUCCUGCACGCUCUCAUCCAGGAGUACGUACUGGACAAAAUAAAUCGGCGUUUGCACUUGUCCAAAACGAAACACAGCAAGUUUAACGAGUCGGGGCAGCUGGCGGCGUUUUACUUCUCGUCCUUCGUGUGGGGCUGCAGCAUCCUGACGGCGGAGGAGUUCGUGACCAACUCGACGUUCCUGUGGGAGGGGUAUCCUCACACACGCAUGGCUUUUCAGGUGAAGUUCUUCUACAUCUGUCAGAUGGCGUACUGGUUCCACGCCUUGCCGGAACUUUACUUCCAGAAAGUCAGAAAGGAAGACAUUCCUCGUCAGCUCUACUACAUCUGCCUUUACAUCUUCCACAUCACCGGUGCCUACGUCCUCAAUCUUCACCGUCUAGGUUUGGUUCUUCUGGUUCCUCACUACCUGGUGGAGCUGCUGUUUCACGCGUCUCGUCUCUUGUAUUUCAGCAACGAGAACAAGCAGAAGGGGUUCUCGCUGUGGGCUCUGCUCUUCGUGAUGGCUCGUCUCCUGACUCUGACCCUCUCAGUCCUGACGUUUGGUUUCGGACUCUCCCGUACAGAGAACCAGGGCUUUUCUCUGUCUGAGGGAAACUUCAAUGUUCUCACGGUCAGGAUGACGUGUCUCUCAGCCAUUUGUCUGACCCAGGCCUGGAUGAUGUGGAAGUUUAUUAACUUCCAGCUGAAGAAGUGGAGAGAGCAGAGUCAGGUGCAGAGCAGCAAGAAGAAGGCUGUCAGUCCCAAGAGCAAACCGGGCAAAAAGGACUCGUCUCGGGGAGGUUCCGUCAACGGUGUGAUGAAAGCAGAGGACAAAACGUCACCGCGAGCCAGAAAAUCCAAAACCUCGUAGAGCCACGGAGAUCGUUUGUCUCGUAUUUAUUUUUUUUUUUUAAUCUUUCUUGACUUCAGCUUUAGAAGGAAAAGGUUCUUACUGUUUCCUGGAAAAAAAAGUUAAAUCUCACAAACAACUAACAGUCUGGUGUGGUGGGAUCUGAGGGUUGGGGGAGGGUGGAUUUAGUUGUUGGUUUGUUUUUAAUCAGAAUUCCUUAAAAUUCUAUACGAUUUAAUGAUUGAAUCGAUUCGUUCUGGUGCUUGGAAAGGUUUGCUUUUAAGCUGAAAAAAGCUCGGUACUGAAGACAGAAUGAAGGACAAGCUUAUGUUUGUGCUCUGAGUGACCGUUUGAUUAGUGGUGUUCCCCAGGGGCGUAUGUUAAGACCAUUUUUAUCCUUCCUUACUGUUUAUUAGAGCUUGAUGAGCUUCUUUAAAAAUUGUCUGUCCUCGUUUAUCCUCAUCCUCAGUCAUGAUGUCUCUCUGAAAAGAGGCUUUGUUAAAAAGUUAUUUUUUCUGCCUGUUAGUUUUUGAGUGCCUGCUCUUAACCACAGAGGGCUUAUCUUUUUGCCAGAAAAGUUACUGAAAGAUUUAUUUAAAAAAAAAAAUAUAUAUAUAUAUUUUGGCGCUUUUUAUUUUUUUUCUCUUGCAUCAUGAGGUGUGUAAUGACAGAUUGCGCUGUUUAAAUCUAAAUCAUGAUUCUGACUAAUGUAAGAGCUCCCCCUAGAGGCCGGGAAGGCGCCGCGCCUCACCAUUCUUCGGGAUUUUAAAUUAUUUAUUCUAUGUUAUUCAAGCACGUUUCCACCACACAGUGGCAUACAGGAGCAAAAACCAGUCCCACAUGUGUUAUAUUCAUCGCAAAGUACAAAGAGAAUCGAACCGGUAAAAUGGGCGGGGCUAGAAACAGUGCAGUCACUGAUAAGUAGUCAUUUAUAUUAAUGUAGUUUUAUUUAUUCUGACUUAAGCCUAUUUUUAUUUUAAAACUUUUCUGCAAAAGUUUUUAGUUUGUUUUUAUUUAUAUUUCUAUAGUAAGGUUUUCUAUUUCUUCUGUGUAGCUUGUAUUAACAUGAUAUUUAUCUGCUCAAUAUUAAAUCCUACAUUUUACAUCUAAGCCCUUUUCCCACGUUCCCGAGCUGUUCCUGAGUGUAAUCUAAAUCAUCCCAAACUGCAUCUCUUGACUGUUCCUGGUUGAAUGACUCCCAUGUGACCUCACAUGCCUUAAUUAUCUAAAAACUGGCUACACGUCAGCCAUGAAAGUCAAAAGUUUGUACACCCCUUCUAACUCCAUGUUCUUUACUGAUAUUUAUUUCUCUCUACACUGUAAAACAACACUGAAGGCGUUUAUCCAAAACACACAAUAAUUUCCUCUGAACAGUUGAUAUUGAGAUGUAUAUCUGCUACUUCUGCUCUGUAAAUCCUUCAUAACGGCUCUAAUCUGAGGUGCUGGUUGUUAAUCUGUGAUUUCUGAGGCUGGUGACUCUAAAUGAACUUCUCCUCUGCAGCAGAGCUCAGUUUGGGUCUUGUUUUCCUGGAAAGGUCUUUAUGAGAAACAGCAUCAUCAUGGAGCUUGAUGGGUUUUACAAACGCACUCGACACAAUACUGUUCUUGUGAGAUCUGUUCCAGAACACUGACCUUCAUGUCUUCAAAUAGCAGCUGACUGUUACUGUUGUUAAUGGAUUACCUAAUGCCAUACAUCUUAUUUCAUAGUUUUGAAAAAACAUCAAGGCUCUUUAGAAUGUAGAGAAUAAAUCACUAAACAAAAAACAUUGAUUUAGAAGGUGUGUCCAAACUUUUGACUGGUACUGUACUCCAUUACAACCCGUGCCAGGCUCGUGACUAACUGUCUACCAACUUUCACCUUUCACUGUGCUAUGAAUUGUCGUAACAUGCUACCGUUCCUCUCAAACACUCCACAGUUUGUUCAAACCCAAUACUUGCAUUUUCUCCUUUUGAAGUCCUCAACCGCUACGAUCAAAGAAUUAACUGCUACAAUGUUGUUGUUGUUGUUGUUGUUUUUUCCUGCUUAGUCUGCAACAAUGUUUAAAACCUUCAAAAACAGCAAUGUAGCAAAGGUUUUGUUGCUGUCCCUGCAUCCGGUUUUUCUUACAGUCUCAAUAGUAGUGGUUCGGGAACGUGUGGGAGGAGCUUUAGACCCAAUUCCAAAACGGUGUCCUGUUCACCUUGUGCGCUCACUACGUACGGUGUAGCUUAGUGCUGUUAUAAUGCACUUAUAACACACUAUGUAGCCACUGUUUGAGAUACUACAGAAAAAAUUUGAAUCUUUUGUUUGUUUGAGAUACGGCACUCGGUGGAAAGUGUAUUAAAAUAUUGGCACCAUGGCUCAGUUGCCUUAGACUUUUUUAAAUAGAGAACUAAAAUACUCCAGUAUGUUUUAUUCCUCUGAUCCCACAGCAGGUUAUUUUGCUUAUUUAAUAACAGCAAGGCCUUAUACAUUACUUUUUACUUAGUUUACAUUCUUGAAGCUCGACAAGAAUGAAAGGGGGGGGCUUUAAAACAAUUAUAUUUUUAUUUUUACUCCAGCGUACGCAGUGUCCUGUCCUUUGGUUAGAGUGAAACGCUGCAAUCUUCUCUCAAGUGUCCUUAAGAUAACAACACGCUGUGGCAGGCUUUUAUUUCUUUUUGUCAUGAAGAACGGGUGUCUGGGGGCUUACUUUGUGGACCGAUGGUCCUGGGUUGUGUGUGUGUGUGUGUGUGUGUGUGUGUGUGUGUGUGCGUGCGCCUAUGUGUGCACUUGGCAUGUUUCUGAGUUGUGAACGCAUGAAUCAUUUUGCACCUUGAUUUGUUUGAUUUGACGAAAAACAAAUGCGGUAGGGCAUGUAUGUGGUUAAGCUUCUGGUUUUGAACUUAUCUACCAAUUGUCGUGUGUGCGAGAGUGCAUGUGUGCGAGAAUGCGAGAGCCUUGGUGAAGCUAUUUACUCUGUGAUUUUUUUUUUUUUUUUUGUGUAUACAAAUUUUCUCUCUCUCUCGUUCAAUACUGUACGUUUCUGAAUUUGCCAAAUCAUCUAAAAGCGAGCUCUUGUUCUUUCCCAGUGAUUUUGACGUCGUCUUCACAUCUUGUUUUUCCACCUCAGACCUCAUUUACAACAGUUUUUUUCCCUUUUUACAUUAAUUUCUAGGGAGAAACUAAAUAAUUUAAUAGUAAAAAAUUUUUUUCAUUAUUUUGAAUUUUUUUUCAUAACUACUGAACUUUUGGUUUAUCUUGCGACAAGCCUGUAACACAAAAAAAAAGAAAUUAAGAAAACUUAAUCGUAUUCAAAUAAGAUAUGUAUUUUUUUUAUGCUCACAUCAUAGUACGGAGAAAAUAUUUUUAUUUGUUUGAAUAGGUUGCAUAAUAGGUUAUAUUUAGUGUUGACCACAAAAGUAUUGGCACCCUUAAUCAGUUAAUAUAUCACUAGCCAUGUGGUUGUGGUCCUUUCUUUUUUUUUUUUAUAUAUUAUUUUUGUGCGUUACUUAUGUAGUAACUUUCUCUCCAAGAAAACUCUUGACCAGUGUAUUAUUAUUAUUAUUAUUGUUGUUGUUGUUGUUGUUGUUAUUAUUAUUAUUUAAUUUUUUUAGCUUAACAUUUGAAGCAUUUAGUUGUAUGGAGUCCUAAGUUUUUUUUUUUGUUGUUGUUUUUGUUUUCUUAAUUCUGAAUGUUAGAGUAAAUUCUGGUCUUGCUCGUCGCGUGUCAUAUCGACGCGGUCAUGUUUUAUUAGAUUUCUUUUCCCCUCCUCUCUGUAGUUAACAUUGUCGUGUUCACGCCAGUGUCAGAUAAACACCACUUAUUGUCACGUUUCUGCCUUCACGUGGCGGCGUCUCAGGAGGGAAGGAGCAAAGUCGCAGAUUUUCAUUUUUACCGCCGACCUCGUCUCAUCUGUCUGACGCCCGAAGCUCGCAGAUACGGUGUAAGCGAACAUAUUGAGACACUGUACCGACUUCUUGUUAGAUUUAUAAACUAUUUUUAUAGAGCUAAAAACAACUGUAGAGAGAUUAACCUUUAUUUAGCACUUAUUUUUUUAUGCCUUUUUGAGUUUCUGAGUUUUAUUUUUGUACUGCGCGGGAGGAGGACGAGAGAUUUCUACCUUAAAGGUGCGAGGCCGAAAUCUGAAGGACGAAAAAAUGCAGGGAUGGACAAAAAAAACCCGUCUGCUGCGGCGUGGGUAGAAUCGCUCAGGCUUUAAAUGAAGACUGGAUUUACGAGUGCUUUAUUUAAUUUGUAUCUUUGGCGCUUUUUCUUGUGCUUAAUUAUUCAAGAUUCAUUUCCACAGCAGUUUAUUUUUUCCUGAUUAUGCAAAAGGUGCUAAAACGCUGUGUUGCGGUUGUGAUUUGUCGUGGUUUUAAACUCUUUGCCUGUAAUCGUCGACCUUGUGACGUAUUUCAGUGUGUUUCAGUGAGUUUGUGUUCAUACAGCAGAAAAAAAAACUUCUGGUUUCUCGGAUCACUUUCUCUAUUUGAGUACCGUAUUUUCCAGAUUAUGAGACUCCUUCAUGAAAUUUUGAGAAAAUAAAUCAACCCGGCACAUGUGAUGGCUCUUAAAGCCUCUUUUCUCCUUGUAUUCCGUAUGGCUACUGCAGCAUUUAUCUGAUAUUUGUUUUUUGUUUUGUUUUUUUAUCAAAAAGUGUCCAAUAGUCUAGAAAAUACGGUAUGAAAAGCAAAAAAAAACAUCCUCUGGAAAGAUCUUAAUUUUCCUGUUGCACCAAAGCUUGUUUUUUUUUUCUUGUUCUUUUUUCUUAAACACACAGACACGUACAUUAUUAUUUUUUUCUGCACAAAUGCACUGUUCUCUUUUUUUGUUGUUUAGAUGCUAGUCUGUAUGUUGUAUUGCAUUUAUAUUAAAGAUGUUAUUGAUCAAUGUAUUUAUGCAAAUCUUGUGUAAUUCUGUUUACUCGUUUGCUGUUUUUUUUUUUGUUUGUUUGUUUGUUUUUCUAAUUAAACCUUUGGCUUAACCCUGCAGUCUAGCAGUCGUUUCUGUCGUUUCAUCCAGCGGUGCACGAUGCGAUAAAAAUAUUGUAUCGCUGUACAAGAAGAGCUUUCUAUGAAACAUGUUUAUUAAAUUUCAAUAAAAAUUUCAUGUACACAACCAUA